AUGUCUUCCCAGCCAGUUUUGGUUCCGACAGCCUCUUUGCAUGGAAAAGUGGCCCUGAUCACAGGGGCAAGCCGAGGUAUUGGCCGUGGUUGUGCUCUUGAGCUUGCCAGACGCGGCUGCAAAGUCGUCAUCAAUUAUGCGAAGAGCAAACAAGCCGCAGAUGAUGCAGUCAAGGCCAUUGUGGAUGUCACAGGCUCCAAGGAUGCUGCGAUAUCGAUACAAGCCGAUGUGACCAAGGUGACUGAGAUCGAGAGACUGUUCCAGGAGGCGGCAAGUCACUAUGGAAGGAUUGAUUUUGUCUUCAGCAAUAGCGGUGCCGAGUCCUUCGACAAGACUGAAGAGAUCACCGAGGCACAGUACGAUUACGUUUUCUCGCUGAACACCAAGUCCCAGUUCUUCGUUGCUAAAACUGCCUGGAAGUAUCUGCAAGACGGCGGCCGCGUCGUUCUUAUGAGUUCCCUGGCAGCAGGUGCGCUUGGAAUUAAGGAUCACGCCCUGUACAACUCAUCGAAGUUGGCUGUUGUCGGUAUGGUCAAGGCAUUUGCGACGGACUUCGGGCCUCGUCGUAUAACUGUGAAUGGAAUUGCUCCUGGAGGUGUCGUGUCUGAUAUGUUCUAUGAGAAUGCCUGGCGGUACAUACCUGGUGCAACCGCCGAUUGGCCUUUCAGGACUAUCGAGACGAUGGUCGCCAACCGCACGCCUCUUGGUCGCUGUGGUGUGCCAGAGGAUAUUGCCAGAGUUGUUGCUUUUCUAAUGUCAGAAGAUGGAGGCUGGAUAAAUGGUCAAGUUCUCACUAUCACUGGCGGCUACCCUUAG